AUGGAUUGGAGGGAGUAUCAAAGAUGCUUCAGACUGACGAAAUGUUUAAUUACAUGGCUGUGCAGGCCACAGACGAAACAAACCAGGGUGGCAGAAAAGAAAGGGCGUGUGGUGGAGAAGCAGAAAUUCCAGGGUCUCUUGUGCAAGAUAGCCGUGGUUACUCCACCUGGAUCUUGGCUGGAGACCAUGCCUGGCGUCUUCCACGUGCUUCGUCGGCGCCGGCGCCGGCGGCUCCUCCUCCGGCCCAUCCUACAGACCAUCUCCCUCCGGCUCCAUGGCGCCCUGGCAAACCACCCCGACCAGCAUCCACGGCUCCCCGCCAACGACACGCCCGCCGCCGCCGGCCUCGACGAAAAGCCGCGACGCGCCUACGCCGCCACGAUCAGCGCCCACCUCAGGAGCCGAGACCUCCCGCGCGCGGAGGCGCUGUUCCUAGCCGCGCCGGCGUCCGCCCGUGGCCCCCAUCUGGACGGCGUCAUGCUCGACGGCUACCUCAAGGCCGGCCGCGUCGACCGCGCCCGCAGGCUGUUCGACGGGAUGGCGGAGAAGAACGUGGUGGCGUGGACCGGCCUGGUCUCCGCGUACGGCCGAGACGGGCGCGUGGCCGAGGCGCGCGCGCUGUUCGACGCGAUGCCCGAGCGCGACGUCGUGUCGUGGACGGCCAUGCUGCAGGGCUACGUGCGCGCCGGGAUGCUGCGCGAGGCGAGGGAGGUGUUCGACGAGAUGCCGUGGCGGAACGCGGUCACCUGGACGGUCAUGGUCAAGGCCUACGCCGACGGCGGCCACGUCGGAGAGGCGAUGGCGCUGUUCGACAGGAUGCCAGAGAGGAACUCGUACUCCUGGUUAGCCACGAUCUCUGGCUUCCUCCGUGCCGGGAGAGUAGACGAGGCGGUCAGUCUCUUCGAGAGGAUGCACCAUAAGAACGUGGCUACCUGGACCGUGAUGGUAAGCGGCUUGGCACAGAACAGCCGCAUUUCGAUGGCGAGGGAGUUCUUCGACAAAAUGCCGAAAAACAAGGAUAUCGUGGCGUGGAAUGUGAUGAUCAACGCUUAUGCCAAUGAUGGCCAGAUGAGCGAGGCUCGGGGACUGUUUGAUUCGAUGCCCGCCAAGGACCUGGUGAGCUGGAGCACUGUAAUCAAGGGAUAUGCCAGGAACGGUCGUAAGGACGACGCCAUGGGUCUAUUUCUUCUCAUGCUCCGGUCAGCGGUAUAUCCCGACAUCACUACAUUGACAAGUGUCCUUGUUACAUCGGAGAGGACCGUCGAAGUUGGGCAUAUCCAUGGCAUGGCCACAAAAAUAGUUCACCUGUCUGAAACCUCCUUAGGAAAUGCUCUGCUCACCAUGUACUCAAAGAGCGGUGAACUGCGCUAUGCCUGGCAAGCUUUCAAAAUGUUACGGGAGAAGGAUGUCAUCACAUGGACAUCGAUGAUGCAAGCCUUUGCAAACCACGGCCAUGCCUCCUGCGCGCUGCAGGCAUUCGCGCUGAUGCUGCGACAUGGACACGAGCCCAGCUCGAGCACCUUCACUGUCGCACUGACAGCCUGCAGUCGCGCCGGUCUCGUCGAGAAAGGACGGAACAUAUUCAGAUCUAUUUCCGCCUAUGGGCUCAAGCCGGUAUUUGAGCACCGUCGCAUCCUCAUCCGCAUGGUGCGUGCGAGGGAGGCCACGGAGGGUGUUGCUGCCAUGCCGCUAGAGAUGCGUGACCAAGAAAUGGAGAAAAAGAAGAGUAAGAAGAAAUGUUUGGAAGAUACUCAAUUGGCAAUAGAUGAACCUGUAGGUGUAGAAUCUGCUGCUGCUGCUGCUACUGAAUGUACACCAACAAAGGGUUUGUUUGGUUGGGCUCUGGCUUAUCUGAAAGCAGUCGUGGGAAAGUAG